AUGGACACGCCCCGAACGAACCUUGGUGAUGCCACCUACCUCGGUCGACAGCCUCCCGACUUCGAUAUGACCCAGGAGCCCUCCUUCCAGUCCCCCUCCAAAGACAACAAUCUCCUCCAACAGAUGCGCACCGGCCGUGGCGUCAACCUCAGGACCCCCCGCGCGAGUCGCGCGCCCUUGGGAAACAAGCAGAACCUCCCGGCUGGCAUUGGCGGUGCCGAGUUCACUCCCAUGCUCAAGUCUGCCACGCGGAACAGCGCGCGUCGCCGAUCCGGCAAGGAGAACACAAACGGCCUGACCACCCCGGCCCUGGGCAAGAUCGACGAAGACACAGAUGUAGUCCCCGUCGAGUCAUCCCUGUUUGGCCCCUCGCGCGGCGCGUCCUACGUCGAGUCUACACCUCGUCCCGAGCCUGCCAGCGACAGCGAGGCAUCUACACCCGUGGUGCUCUUGCCACGACGCGCCGGCAACAAGGGCCCCUUGCAGGACGGGAAUCAACUUUCGCUUCGAGAGCAAGAAAACGUUAUCGAUAGAAUCGAGAAGGAAAACUUUGGUCUGAAGCUCAAGAUCCACUUCCUCGAGGAGGCCUUGCGGAAAGCCGGGCCGGGCUUUAGUGAGGCCGCCUUGAAGGAGAAUACCGAUCUUAAGGUCGACAAGGUCACGAUGCAGAGGGAGCUGUCCAAGUACAAGAAGCACCUGGCAUCGGCAGAGAAGGACCUGGAGACAUAUCAGCAGCAGAUACUGAAUGUUCAAGAGAAGGCCAAGAAGAAAUAUGCCGAUGAGAGCCAGAAGGCCGAAAACGAGGCCCUCCGCCGGAGUCUGGAGGACAAGGAUGCCGAGAUUGAAGAACUACAGCGACAACUGCAACGCCAAACCGACGAUGGCGGCAAAGUGGAGCAACUACAAGACGACAUCGCCGACUUGGAGGCUGAUCUGCGCGGAAAAGAUCGCGAGAUAAACGAGCGCGAAGACGAGGUAGACGAACUGAAGACGAAACUGGACGAAGCCGAGGAGCAAUGGAAAGUCGCCCAGGAGAAAAUCGCCGAGCUUGAGGGACAAGGCCAACCAAGCGAAGAUUUAGGCAAGCUAGAGGAAUUACGAGACAGGAUUGGGGACCUGGAAGUAGACUUACGAGAAAAGGGUUUGGAAAUCAACGAGCGCGAUGAGGAGUUAAAUGAGUUGGAGGAGAAACUCAACCAAACCGAAGAAAAAUUGAAGUCGACUCAACAAAGGGUUACCGAACUCGAGAAGAACGCGGAUGCAAGCGACGUGUUGGCGGAAGCAAAGGAUACCAUCGAAGAUCUCGAGGCCAGUGUCCGGCGUUUCGAGCAACAACUUGAUGAUUUGAAAGAUCAAGUUCAACAAGCAACGUCCGACAAGGAACGAGCCGAACACGAUUACGAGGAGCUUCAAGACGAGUUGUCAAACAAAUCUGUGGCGACCAAGGGGCUGUCGCGGCAAAUCGAUGAUUUGAAAGAUCAAGUUCAACAAGCAAAGUCCGACAAGGAUAGGGCCGAGCGCGAUCUCGAGGAGCUACAAGACGAGUUAUCGAAUAAAUCGGUGGUCACCAAGGGGCUUUCACGGCAAGUCGAGGAGAAGGUGAGGCGGCUCCAAACCGAGCUGAGUCGCUCACAGGAGAGAUACGCAGCUCUUGAGCGGGAGGCCGCAGAGAAGGACCAGUUCAUGACGGAGGUGAAGAACAGGGCUCAGCAACUCCUCCAACAACGUGAGUCGUGGAACAGCGAACGGCAGACUCUACACACCAAGCUCGAGGCUGCGCAGAAAGACCUGGGUAUGCGCACUGACGAGAAGAAUAUAUUGCAACUUCGUCAUGAUGCCCUGGGAGACGAAUCGGCCUCGUUGCAGCGGGACAUUGGGCGGUUGCAGAAGCAGGUCAGAGAGCUCGAGGACAGCCUGGUCCGAGAACAAGCACAUGCGCUGCAAAUCGAGCGCAGCACCAACCAGGACCGCCAAGCUGAGAUCGACCGUCUCAACGACGAUGUUGCCGAUCUUCAGGAUGAACUGGACCGCCUCCGCCAAGAAGCGUCAGGAGGUCAAUCUGCAUCCGCAUCUUUGGAACGAGAGGUGGCGCGCCUACAGAAACGCGUCAACGAGCUAGAUAGAGACCUGGAACAAGAAAAGGCCCAGGGGCGGCAAUCUGAACGUGAUGCCGAGCACGAGCACAAGUUGGAGAUCGAACUCCUGAACGACAGCAUUGCGGACCUCCAAGAUGAAGUCGAAAGGCUUCGACGAGAAGCGUCGAGUGGUCAGUCAUCUUCGGCAUCUCUAGAGCGUGAGAUAUCUCGGCUACAGAAACGCACCAAGGAGCUUGAAACCAGCCUAGAGCACGAAAAGACAAAUGCCCGUGUACGCCAAGAUAGCUCGGGAGAUGAGACGUCUUCUCUCCAGCGAGAAAUCACUCGUCUGCGAUCCCAAGUCAGCGAUCUCGAGCUGAGCCUGGAUCAGGAGAAGAGUCAUGCUGUCCAGAUUGAACGAAACAUCCGUUCCCAGCUUAAGUCCGAGAUCGAGCGCCUCAACGAUGACAUUUCCAACCUGCAGGCGGACGUCCGCGAUAAAGACAACGUUUACGACAACGAUAGCGAGAAAUGGGAGGCUGAGAAACGAGACUUGGAAUCACAACGAGACCGACUCGAAGAACGAGCUACCGGCCUUCAACGCACCAUUGAUCGGCUGCGCGACGCGGAGGGCACCCUUUCCAGCAAGGAAAUGAAGCUGCAAGAUGCAUUGAACAGUGAGAUUGAACGGCACAGGAGCGAGGAAACUGCACUCGGUCGCCAAAUUGAUGAGCUGCGACACGAUCUUGACGCGCGCCAGUCUUUGCUGACGACGCUGCGCAAUGAGAUCUCUGCAGUUCGGGAUGAUCUUCGGCAAAGUCAACUCGACUACCAGGCCCGGGCCGAGAAGGUUGAGGCAUUAGAAGACGAAGUGGAAGUCCUCCAAGCGACUUUGGAUGAAGAGUCAGAAGACGCCAGUCAAAAGCUCAGGGAGGCCGACCAGAUGUGCCAAGAUCUGAGGCGGCAACUCGAGCUGGCAAAGCGCGACCAGACACAGCGAUCAGAUCGCCUGGGGCAGUUGGAGAAGGCCGAUCGUGUCGUCGAAGAUCUCAGACAACAAUUAGAAGAUACGAGGCAGCGGCUUCACGAUAGCGAACGCCAGUGCGAACAUCUCAAGCGACAAGCAGACCGAGCCAUCCGUCAUGAGUCGAAACAGGCUGACGACAAAUUGGCGCAGGUCAACCGCGCAUCGGAGGAGCUCAAACGACAACUAUCACGCGCGCAGAAGGAAUCCAAAAAGGCAAACAGGGUAUGCGACGAGCUACGAAGCGAACUGGAGCUAGCAAAGCAGGACCUUGACUAUGCGAGCCCAUUGUGCAAAGAACUCGGCCACAAACUCGAACGCGCACGCAGCGAACGGGCUGCAUACCGGGCGUCGGCGCAGAAGCUGCAAGCCGACUGCGAAAGGCUGAAGGAGGGAGCACAAGAGGCCCUGGCCUGGAUCCAGGCCAAGAACUCGGAGCCAACAACCUCCUCCCUCGUGCCCACUACCAUCAGACCAGGGGCAAAGGCCAGCCUCCGAUACGGCGACGUGGUCAUGGACGUCGUGGACCAGCGGGAUCACGAGGCGGUCAUCCGCGCAGCCGAUGCGGCCGAACGACGGCACGACAAGGAGAUCCGCGGCCUGGCGCUCCAGAUGGGCUGGAUGCAGGCACGGUGGGAGCGCGAGAGCAAGCUGCGGCAGGACGGCGCGUUCGCCAAGAAGUUCCUCGCGCUGCAGCUGGAGAUUGCUGAUGCCUGCAACAAGGCAGACCUUCGCAUGCUGGCCCGCAUCCACAAGGACCUGGGCAUCAAGUCCCCCGACGCGCUCCUCGACAGGUCGGCUCGCAAGCAGCAGAAGUCGUCGCGCCAGCAGCGCCCUUCCAACCUCAAGGCCUUUGUCGGGCUCGUGCGAGCGGUGGCGCGCAUGCGCAUCGCGGCCCGCCAGUGGGGCGAGCACGAGAAGACGAGGCGGAGGCUCGAGGAAGCCUGGGAAGCGAAGCGGAAUUGA